AUGGAAGCAAAGCCCUCCUCCACAUCAAUGCAGAAACACAAGGCUGAUCAGCACAUUGGGCUUAUGGAAGCAAAGCCCUGCUCCACAUUAAUUAUAUCUGUGCUGUUCACAGAGACAUUAAAUUCAGAGUUAUGGCAUGCUUGUGCUGGCCCACUUGUAUCCUUGCCUCAUGUAGACAGUCCGGUGUAUUACUUCCCUCAAGGCCAAAUCGAACAGGGGGCUGCUCCCACCACAAGGAUUCCCAACUAUCCCAAUCUUCCAUCUCAGUUGCUGUGCCAAGUCCAAAACCUCACACUUCAUGCCGACAAAGAAACAGAAGAAAUCUAUGCACAAAUGUCCCUCCAACCAUUGCAUCAUGAUGUAUUCAUUGAGGUCAAUAAUCUAUCUCCUUUACCUUCGGUUGGGUUAAAGGCCAAUGUUAGCAAGCAUCUCUUCUGCAAAACUUUAACUGCUAGUGACACCAUCAAACGCUUCCUUUAG